GGCGGAUGUUUCGCAGACUUUGGGCAUUAAGGGUAAGAUGUUCGCCAAGAAACGAUAUGCAGAGAAGGCUCUGAUGAAGAAAACGCGAGGAUUUUUUUCAUAUUUGUGGUCGGCGGUAGCUCGUUUCUUGAUUUUAAUCAGAAGGCACUUCUUCAUUGUUGUUAUCAAAUUUCAUAAUAUUGUGAUCUGGUUGCAGUUAAAAUCACAUAACGGUUGCUUCUUACAUGAAAAUAUAGCGAAACAAGCUGUCGUUUUUUUUAAGUUAUUCUAGCUAGAUGCAGCCGUUUAGUGAGCUGAAGCAAAGGAAGCAUAGGAUUUGGUGUCAGAUUUUUUUUCUUCACCCAGUAAUUAAGUCGUCGUGAUCUUGAUCUUCUAUUUGAGAUGCGUUGAGUUUAUGAGGUCGCGGCACUCUGAUUGCCUAUCCUAGAAGUACUAAAUUAUCUUGCUAAGCGCAAGUUAAUUUUGUGAGAAGUAAGAGAUAUAUCUUCAUCCGCCGUAGUAGUAAAAAGAUUGCUUCAUGUGUUGGAACAGGUUGAAUAUGCAUGCGGAGUCAUCAUCUCGGCGCAAGGUGGAUAAUGAUGUUAGUGAAGGAGCUGUUCCAGCUUAUCUGCUGGCCCGCGAAACAACCACCCGAGCUAAAGUGCUUAGCAACUCAAUUAAGCGAAAGAGGAAGGAGAAAGCUGGAAAGUGGGAAGUGCCUUUACCGAAGGGAAGCUUAUCUCUCAUCAUCUGGUGAAAUCAAUUGUCAUUGCACUUGGCGAAUCGCCAGUUGCCGGAUUUCGUUUUGUGACGACUUUGUGAUUCAAAAUCUUUUUGACUAUCCAUUUGUAAUCCUCCUCAGGUAAGGCCUGCUGCUGAAGAUGAAAUGUUCAAAGUGGUCAAAUCUGGCAAAAGGAAAACAAAACAAUGGAAGAGAAUGGUCACGAAGGCAACAUUCGUCGGACCAGGUUUCACGAGGAAACCCCCUAAGUACGAGCGGUUCAUUCGGCCGUCAGGACUCCAGUUCAACAAAGCUCACGUUAUGCAUCCGGAGCUCAAGUGCACCUUCAAUCUCGAGAUCACUGGAGUGAAGAAAAAUCCAAACGGUCAGAUGUACACCUCACUGGGUGUCCUGACCAAGGGAGCCGUCAUUGAGGUAAAGACUUUGAUAGACAUUGCUUCAAAUGAAGUAACCACCAGAAUUUUUCUAUGGAUACUGCCUCCUUUACGUACUCAUCUCUCUCUAAAUAUAACAGGUUAUGUAAGCAAAUCAGGUCUUGUCACCCCGGCCGGAAAGGUUGUGCGGGGAAAAAAUGCCCAAGUGACCAAUGAUCCAGAGAAUGAUGGAUUCGUAAACGCGGUUCUACUUGUCUAAGCAUGUAAAAGUUGCCGUCCAGCCUCUGUAAUGCGUACUGUGCCGGUAUACCUUAGAUUUUCAGUGAUUAACUUAUAUGCAGUAGCAAGUU